AUGAAUGAUGUCUUCUGUCCAGACGCCUUGACCCUCCACAAGCCUCACGGGACCACGAUCCACAUCCACGUCCUGGCCGUCCACCGCACCUUCAGGCAGCAGGGGAAAGGCUCCAUCCUGAUGUGGCGAUACCUGCAGUACCUUCGCUGUCUGCCCUACGUGCGCCGAGCCGUCCUCAUGUGUGAGGACUUCCUGGUUCCCUUCUACCAGAAGUCUGGUUUCAAGGUGAGGGGCCCCAGUGAGAUCACGGUGGGGCCCCUCAGCUUCACCGAGAUGUUCCACCCAGUGUGGGGCCAUGCCUUCAUGCGUCGAAACAGUGGAUACUGAGAACAGGGGGGCUCUUUAGGUGGACUCCUCCUUGGUGACGGGACCUCGACACCUAUUGGAGACAGGAAAAGGGAAGUGAGCCCAUCUGUUGAUCCCAGAGUUUGUGAUCUUCACGGUGGGUGGAAGUCUUUCAGCCGGGGGCGACAGGAGAGCCUCCGGAGCUGAAAACAAGGAGCUGCCCUCCAGCUUUCACUGUUUGCACCGGAUGUUUGAGACUGAAAAUACAUCAGGAGUCGCGUUUCAGCGUAAGAAACAAGUUCAGUAAAGCAAAGAGUGAAAGUUUUAAUGAGUUUUGUAAAGAAAACAAGUUU